ACGCUUUGCCUUCGCUGAAUUCGGUCGUGUGUGUGCUGUCGGUUAUCGAGCGAAAGAGUGGGAGUAUAGAAAAUAGACGGCAAUCGAUUUGCGUGGCCGAAGAACAAAUAUAUAUCGAGAACGCCGUAGAAACCAAAACUAGUUAAUUAUACUUGCACCAUGUCCGCGAUAGACGCGCUCUACAAUCGUCCUGGGCCCAACCGCCUGCGGCAGGCGGAUGCCUAUCGCACCACCAACCGCCAGGACGCCGUCAAGAUUCGGAUGGCCAAGGAUGGAAUCGGCGCAGAGGAGCCCAUCUCGGUGCCCGGCCUGCUGAAGCGUACGGUCAACAAUUACGGCGACUAUCCUGCGCUGCGCACCAAGAACGGCAAGAACGGAUAUCACACUGUCACCUACAAACAAUAUGAGCAGAAGGUGCACCAGGUGGCCAAGGCGUUCGUCAAGCUCGGUCUGGAGGAGCACCACUCGGUGGGUGUGCUGGCCUUCAACUGCGCCGAGUGGUUCUACUCGGCCAUGGGCGCCAUUCACGCACGAGGCAUCAUCGCCGGAAUCUACACCACCAAUUCCGCCGAUGCAGUGCAGCACGUCCUGGAGAGCUCACAUGCCCAGAUCGUGGUCGUCGACGAUGCCAAGCAAAUGGACAAGAUCCACGCCAUCCGCGACAAGCUGCCCAAGCUCAAGGCCGCCAUUCAGAUCCAGGAGCCCUAUUCCCCCUACUUGAAGAAGGAGGAUGGCUACUACAGGUGGUCGGAGAUCGAGUCGAUGAACGUGAGCGACGUGGAGGAUCAGUACAAGACCCGUCUGGAGAAUGUGGCGAUCAACGAGUGCUGCUGCCUGGUCUACACCUCCGGAACGGUGGGCAUGCCCAAGGGCGUGAUGCUCUCCCACGACAACAUCACCUUCGAUGUGCGCGGCAUCGUCAAGGCCAUGGACCGGGUGGUGGUGGGGGCGGAAUCGAUCGUCUCCUACCUGCCACUUUCGCACGUGGCCGCCCAGACCGUGGACAUUUACACCUGCGCCUUUGUGGCGGGCUGCAUCUGGUUCGCCGACAAGGAUGCGCUGAAGGGAACGCUGGUGAAGUCGCUGCAGGAUGCGCGACCCACGCGAUUCAUGGGCGUGCCGCGUGUGUACGAGAAGUUCCAGGAGCGAAUGGUGGCCGUGGCCAGCUCCAGCGGCAGCCUGAAGAAGAUGCUCGCCAGCUGGGCCAAGGGCAUCACGCUGAAGCACUACAUGGUGAGUCAAGGCAAGAGCUCCGGGGGAUUCCGGUACAAGAUUGCCAAGUCGCUCAUCAUGUCCAAGGUGAAGCAGGCCCUGGGCUUCGAUCGCGUCCUGACCCUUGCCAGUGCGGCAGCUCCCAUGUCGCCGGAGACGAAGAAGUACUUCCUCAGUCUGGACCUGAAGAUUGUCGAUGCCUUCGGCAUGUCGGAGACGGCCGGUUGCCACACCAUCUGCCUUCCAGAUUCCGUGGGUCUGAACACAAUUGGCAAGACUCUGCCCGGCUGCGAGUCCAAGUUCAUCAACAAGGACGCCAACGGUCACGGCGAGCUGUGCAUCCGAGGACGUCACGUUUUCAUGGGCUACAUCGACAACAAGGAGAAGACCGAGGAGUCGCUGGAUGACGACUGCUGGCUGCAUUCCGGUGAUUUGGGAUUUGUGGAUGACAAGGGAUAUGUUUCCCUGACGGGACGUUCCAAGGAGAUCAUCAUCACCGCCGGCGGCGAGAACAUUCCGCCUGUGCACAUCGAGAACACGAUCAAGAAGGAGCUGGAUGCCAUAUCCAAUGCCUUUUUGGUGGGCGAGCAGCGCAAAUACCUCACUGUUCUGAUCACUCUAAAGACCGAAGUGGACAAGGAAUCCGGUGAGCCUUUGGACGAGCUGAGCCACGAGUCCUCCGUGUGGGUGAAGUCGCUGGGAGUGGAGCACAAGACCGUAUCGGAUAUCCUGGCCGCAGGUCCCUGCCCCAAGGUGUGGAAGUCCAUCGAGGAUGCCAUCAAGCGGGCAAACAAGCAGUCCAUUUCCAAUGCCCAGAAGGUGCAGAAGUUCACCAUUCUGCAGCACGACUUCUCCAUUCCCACCGGCGAACUGGGACCCACCCUGAAGGUUAAGCGCAAUGUUGUGUCCAAGAUGUAUGCCGAUGAGAUCGAGAAACUAUAUGCCUAGAUUUCUAUCUGCAAGAUCGAAAUCGAUGAUAGCCGCGGAACUUGAGCUUUAAUGUGAAUUUGAAUUUACCGGACUUCCAAGCCAAUUGAGUGCCACUUUUAAUUUGAUUUAGGCUGAUGAUGUUAACUGUUGGAUAUUAAACUUAGAACAACUAUGGCCCUAUGCCUAUGUAGACACUAGCUUGCCAACGAUUAGGUCCAGAGAUCUUUUAAUUAGUACCUAAGUUUUAUUUUUUAUAUGCUAUUUGGUUGUACCAACUGAACAAACGAAAAUUGUUUAUUGUCUGAAGAGCAACAAUAAAUUUGUAACUAGAUUUUUAACUGCCAA